AUGGCUAAUGGGAAAGAAGAAACACGUUUAAAUGUGGAAGAGAAACCUGCCACUGCCAGUGGUGAACAACGUUCGAUCCAACAAAGACCUAUCCAGCUUUGGAGAAUAGUUUCGUCAUCUGUCAUCGAAUAUCCUGAUCAACCAAAGUCAUUCCUUCAAGAAUGGUGGAGCACCAUAUUUGUAGUAUCAUGUGUGUUGGCUGUCUUACUAGAUCCUUUGUUCUUUUACAUCCCUAUAGUUAAGGAGGAUAGGAAGUGCCUCAAAUUGGACAAAAGGUUGAAGGCAAUAUCCUUUGCUUUACGAUCGUUAACAGAUCUCUUCUACAUCGCCGACCCGAUGCAUCGGAUUUUAGCUAGACCUAAAGCUAGGAAAACAAAAGCAGAGGAGGGAGUUCCUUUGAAAAGAAGUAAAUCCAUGAGUAUGAAUGUUCUGGCAAAAGCUAAGAGGAUUUUGCAAUCUUACAUCCUACUUGACAUUUUAGCUGUUCUACCCGUCCCACAGGUAGUACUUUCCAUCUUUUCAAAAAUGAGGGGCUCAAGAUCAUCGAAAACAAUGAAGUUUCUAAAUUUUCUUGUUGUGUUGCAAUAUUUGCCACGAGUUCUUCCCAUCUACCGAUUGUGUCAUGAACGUAAGAAGACUGCUAAAAAGCCGGGCAUAUGGGUCAAAAGUUUUUUCAAUUUCUUCUUGUACAUCCUUGCCAGUCAUGUAAUCGGAGCUAUUUGGUAUUUUUAUGCAAUUCAACGAGAGACAGUUUGUUGGCAAUAUGCAUGUCGAAGUGAAAAAGGAUGUGAACCUAAUACUUUUAGCUGUGUAUGUGAUGACCCUUCACCGAGAAAUAUCACAGUUUUAAAUGAUUUAUGCCCUAUAAAUCCAUCAAAUGCAACUUUUUUCGAUUUUGGUAUAUUUAAAGAUGCCAUUCAGUCUGGCGUGUUACAGUCGACAGAUUUUCCAGAGAAGUUUUUGUAUUGCUUUUGGUGGGGUCUACUAAAUCUGAGGUUUGUACCUAUAAUUAUCGUUUAA